AUGCUGAGAGGUGGGCUGAAGCAGUUUUCGGCGCUAGAAUUGUCGAAGAGAAGCAUUAAGAGAUAUGCCUGGACGCAGAGAAGACUGGAUGUUGAUGGUGCUCAAGGAUGGGAUCAUGAAGGAUUCACCAAUGUCGACCGAAAUUUAACCCGUUUCCACCAGGACACAGCGAUGCCAGCCGUGGACGGAGCCACAACUUUUGAAACUGCCGCGAAAGUGCUUGGAAAUGGCUGGGUCAUCCAUAAACGAUCGGGCAUCAACAAGAAAAAGUACCGACAAAACGCGACUGGUCAAGAAUUCGCAAAAUACAUGAACCGACGGGUCGUUGCCUCGAAUCAUCAUCACACCAUGGCGCACAAGCUCAUUCCUCCGAAUCAACUCAGACAGCGAUGGACAGUUUCCGACCCCUUCAAAGGCUACGACGACGAAGCGCACAUGUGGUACGUUCCAGAAAACAUCCCAGUCGAAGAUCCAAUUCCAAAAACUGCCGAAGAACGCCGCCAACUCUACGUUGCGAAGAAACAGUGGCCAACUCGAGCUCCAUGCGGCCGAUUGCUAGAAAAAGCAGAGCGACGAUCGGAUACGACGAUGCACGACACCGGAAAACCAAACCCGAAUCAUAACACAGAUCGGUCUUCUGCGCUGAAUAGAUUUUCUUUCAAGCAUAAUAUUUCGCUGUCUGACUUUCAAAAUUAA